UGUCUGUGGUUUCAGUUGACGUUUCAGCGGGGGACCUUUGUCGGGAUUUCACGAGUAUUUUUAAUUAAUUAGUUUGCACAGCUUAUUAUUUCUAAUUAGAUAGUGUUAUUGUCGUGUACUCCAACUUAAAGGUUCGGCCUUGUGUUUGUGUAGAACAUCAAAUGUGUGGAUACCAUGGUUUUAACCGCUGAAGAAGUUAAACAACGCUAUCCUCUACAUUGGAUGGUGUGGAACGAUGAUCACGAGAAUUUGAAGAGGCAUUUAGAAGAAAAUACGGUAACAACGGAAGCGUUAGAGCUACGUGACCCCCGCGGUCGGACCCCCCUGUUACUGGCAGUAACACUAGGCCUGACAGAGUGCGUUAAAGUUCUCAUCGACGCAGGCGCCGAUGUCAACUGCGAGAAAGAUGGUUGGACGGUGGUCCAAGAAGCGACGUCGACGGGCGACCCCGGUAUCCUAGGUUUAGUGUUGUCCCGCCGGGAUUACCUGCGUCACGCAGUACGGGCAGGCGGUAUCCCGGAUCUGUUAAACCGGCUCAGUCUGGCCCCAGACUUCUAUGUCGAGAUGAAAUGGGAGUUCACCAGUUGGGUGCCUUUAGUAUCGCGUAUGUGUCCAUUCGAUACGUACAAAGUGUACAAGCGAGGAGGUAACGUGCGAGUCGACACCACUCUAGUCGGCUUUGAGAAUAACCACUGGCAGAGAGGCGACAGGACUUACAUAUUUAGAGGGCAAGGUGCGAACGCAACUCUAACGGAGCUGGACCACGAGUUGGGAACGAUGUGGAGUGAGACCCUCGAACCGGCGACGGGUCGAGCUUGGCCGCCGCCGGCGCCCGCUGCGCUCGCCGCACGACUAUCGCAGCCUACAGCACUUAACUAUUUAGAUACUGACAAGAUUAGCUUUGAGAGAAAUAAAAGUGGCAUUUGGGGAUGGAGGCAAGACAAAACCGAAGUGGUCAAUACGUACGAGUGCAAAGUAUUCAGCGCGAACAACGUCGAGCUAGUGUCCAAGACUAGGACCGAGCAUUUGUCCAAAGCGGAUAAAAACAAGCUGGCGCCUCGAGCGCCUUUAGCGGCUCUGGCGCUAGCGGACCGUGAUAGUGGCGCCACCACACCCACAACACCUGACUCGUUUCCAGAAGAAGAGAUCGCGAACAAGCUGUCACACUCGCGGUCGGCGCAGGAGCUCGCUGUCACGUGGCAGGAAUAUUUCUCAGAAGAACCGCUAGAAAGAGACAUCGGCAAGCCGAAAGAGAUAACCACUAAGGUGCAGAAGUUCAGAGCUACGCUGUGGCUGUGUGAAGACUAUCCUUUAGAGCUCCAAGAGCAAAUAAUGCCGAUCCUAGAUCUGAUGGCGUCGAUGUCGUCUCCUCACUUCGCUAAGCUGAAGGACUUCAUUCAGAUGCAGCUGCCCGCCGGCUUCCCUGUCAAAAUAGAAAUCCCCCUAUUCCACGUGUUAAACGCUCGUAUAACGUUCGGCAACAUAUUUGGUACGGAGACCCCGGUGCCUCACGUAGAGUGUAUACAGGAGGGCGACCGGCUCUCGUGUGUAGUGGACGACGCCUGUUUCAAUCUGAACAAGGGAUAUAGAGAUGCACUAGCGACCGACGAACGGAUAGCAUGUAGUAUGGAGCACGACGAGAGUCUACUGCAGUAUGCCAUCCAGCAGAGUCUUAUGGACCCCGGGACACACGAGGACCAGGUGGACGUGUGGGAGGCCCUUCGCGGAGCGCGCGCGUCGCCGUCCGCGUCGCCGCGCCCGCGCUCGCCGCGGGGGGUGGACGUGGACCUGCUCGCGCACGAGGAGCGACAGCUGCAGAAAGCUAUCGAGGCGUCGCUCGCCGCCGUCACCUUGGCUACACCGUCGCCCGCCUCCACACCGACCGACCCAGCCCUACAGGAGGCUCUAGAACAAUCCGCCAAAGAAUUGGACCGCAGGCGGGCGGAGCUAGAAGCCGAGCAGAGGGAGCUAGACGAGGCCUUGCGUCGCUCGCUGCUCGACCACUGAGAUCUCAAAAAUGCGGUACACAAAAGCGUCCACCAAAAGAAGACUUAGCCUAUAAAUACAUUAUUAAUAAUAUAGCUAAAUUGUACAUUUAUUUAUGACAAACGGUGAUCAUACAAGUAUUAGUGGCAAUACAUAAAAUUUUUAUACUAAUCAUCUAGCCGAUUCCAAAGAAAUCUGAAGGACUUCAGAUUUCUAUGAAGAUUUCUUCAGGAGUUGAAAUAUGUUACAGCAUACUUAAUAUUAAUGACGGCCAAAGUGGCUAAAUAACUUUAGUUUUUAUAAUAAUAGAAGUGUGUUACCGAUAUAUUUGGUCAUCGCUAUUUAUUAGAUAAUGACUGUAAAUCAUGAAAUAGUACAUUACGAUACAAGUGCGAUAAAUAAGAAAUUCGAAACAAGUGACGAUAGAUUUAAACAUGAACGUAGUGUUUUAAAUCGACACAAGUUUCGAAUGACUUAUUGGCACAUGUAUCGUACAACGUUUUACAUGGUUGCGUAAUGAGCUCAUUCCAGUGCGGUAUUAUAGCGCCAUAUUAUUAUAAUAUACUCUAAAAAAUGUCAUUCUGCUUAGCAUAGCUGAUGUAUGAUUUUGUACCGAAUAUCAUUUUAUAAAAAAAAAAAUUGCCACUAAUAAUACGUAUAUUGUGCCUCUUCUCACGCCCGAUAAUAUUGGUGAAUAUAUAUUAUUACUUAAUAGUUAUCCAUACAAGUCUGAGACUUAGGACCUGCGGCGUUAGUAUGGUCGACAUUUCAUCGUCUAUCUCUUUCUAACUAGUUUAUAAGUGUGAAAGGAACGUGUAUCACUCCAGGCGAUGAAAAUGCGACCAUGUUAACGUCGCUGGUUAGUGAAAUAGGUACUAAGCCACAUAUUUUACAAACGACGAAUUCGAGAAAAUUUACAAAAGCUAUAAUGUACAUUAAACUGUUUUAAAUAAGUUACUCCCAAAAAUAAAUAAUAAACUUUUAGACUCAAUAACAAUACGGCAGCGAUUUUAAUAGUAAAUUUACGUCAUAAUUUCAUGUUUAAGUUUGACUUAAACCCAUGUGCAGUCGGUGGUCCCAAAAUAAUUCUGAACUUAGCUAGCUCCUUCGCCCGACUUGUGUUUCGUUCUAUUUUGGACAGUCACGUUGCGAACUCGAUUAGAAAAGAUGAUGCAGUCUAUGCUUCAAGUAAAGAUCCUCAGAAACUUAUAGAACAGUAUUUGUCGUGCUAGUUCGGUAUAUGUUAUUACUUGUACUGAGAUUCACUGAAAUAACGUGACACAUUCGUGAGUAUACUUGAAAAUUCGAAGGAAAAUCAUUUCACACUACAUCUGUA